AUGGUAGAGAAACAUCGUACAUCACCAACAGUAGAUGUUGAAGAAACAGAUAAUAUUGAUGAUGCAGACUAUUGGGUAGUAGCAUGGAUUUAUAUUGCUUAUGGAGUUAUUAUCUUUUUAGGAAAGAUUGCUGAAUUUUUUGCUUUCAUCACUGGUAAACGUUAUGUUCAUACACCAAAGGGAUACGCACCAUUAUUUGUAGAGUUUGAAUACUUUUAUCAAAGAAGAUUAUAUGGUAGAAUUAGAGAUUGUUGGGAUAGACCCAUUUGUAGUAUGCCAGGUGCAUGGAUUGAUGUCAUGUUGAGAGCAAAUAAGCAUUAUUCUGAUCCAUUAUUAUUAACAGGAGAAAAGAAAAGAUGUUUAAAUCUUGGAUCAUACAAUUAUCUAGGAUUUGCACAAAAUGAAGGACCAAUUGCAGAGUCUGUUGUAGAAUCAAUUUACCAAUACGGAACAUUCACAUGUAGUUCACCAAGUGACAUUGGUACUACUACACCACUUCGUCUACUCGAACAAGAGACUGCACGAUUUGUUGGUAAAGAGGAUGCAUUGGUAUUUGAAAUGGGGUUUGCUACCAACUCUGGAUCUCUUCCUGCACUCAUUGGAAAGGGUGGAUUAAUCAUUUCCGAUAGUCUUAAUCACGCUUCACUUGCCACUGGUUGCAAGGCCACUGGUACCAAGGUACGUGUCUUCCGUCACAAUGAUACUCGUCACCUAGAAGAUAUCAUUCGUGAGAGUAUCAUCCAAGGACAACCAAAGACUCAUCGUCCAUGGACAUCUAUUCUCAUCAUUGUCGAAGGUAUCUAUUCGAUGGAAGGUGAAAUCUUACAUCUUGCAGAGAUUGUUAGAAUCAAAAAGAAGUAUGGUUGCUAUCUAUAUGUUGAUGAAGCUCAUAGUAUCGGUGCUCUUGGUCCACAUGGACGUGGUGUUUGUGAUCACUAUGGUGUUGAUCCAGCCGACGUUGACAUUCUCAUGGGAACUUUUACCAAGUCAUUUGGAUCGAUUGGAGGUUAUAUUGCCGCUGACAAGUCACUUAUCGAUCAUCUUCGUCAAUCUACAUUUGCCUAUGUCUAUGCUUCUUCGAUGAGUGCUCCAUGUGCAAUGCAAGCUUGUGCUGCUCUUCGUGUCAUCUUGGGUGAAGAUGGUACCGAUUUGGGUCAACGCAAGAUUAAACAACUAAAGGAUAACUCUAACUUUUUCAGAGAGGCACUUCGUGAAAUGGGAUUCACAAUUCUUAGUAACAAGGACAGUCCAGUCAUUCCACUCAUGUUGUACAAUCCAUCAAAGAUUGCUAGAUUCUCACGUCUUGCAUUUGAACGUCACAUUGCCGUCGUCGUUGUCGGUUACCCAGCCACACCUCUUACCAGUCCACGUACUAGAUUCUGUAUUUCUGCAUCUCACUCUAGAGAGGAUUUGGAAUGGGCACUUGAACAAAUCUCUUACAUUGGCGAUAAAUUAAAUCUUAAACACAAAAAGAAAACAUUUUUAUUCUUUUAA